AUGACAUCUGUCAAGCCUACGGAACAUUCAAAGUCUGAGUUUAGAGAUGCUCAUAGACACAAAAAAAAAGCAGGUCGACCACCUUUUGCUAAUGUUCUCUCAACAUGUCGUAAAGUCGUUGGAGAGUCAAAAAUGUUGCAAGAAUUAGUUGAUAAAGUACAAUUCCAUAUUCCUAAGAUUGACAAAGUACGAUGCCUGGCCAUUGGGAGUUUCCAUGAAGAUCAACCUGCACUGUACCAAUUCGCGUUACUUCUGGAGAUAUGUGAGAUCAUUUCAGAACAAGAUCCUGAAAGGCCAAUACAGGUGUCCAUCUAUGAUCCAGUUUUCACGGACGAAGACAAAGAAUUUAUUGGGAAAAUGGGACACCACUGGUCAAUAGACGAAUCAUCGCCCUGGAAAGCAUCGCAGGCUUCCGAAGUUUUCUUUUUCCUCCCACACGCGCCUCUCGACUUGACAGAGCAUAUACUGUCAUCAGAGGAGCCCCGACUGCUGCUAGCAAAUCAUGUGGUGCAACAUACUGAUCGAUACACUAAAAGUCGGCUAUUCAAUACUUAUCCAUUGAUGAGCAAGCUGCUAAAUUCCCUCAGUGUUCAAGAGGAUGCUAAUGAUUCAUCAAUAAAUAAUUUCGGGAAUGACGAAGAUGCUAGCUUCACACCAUUUGUUUCAAGGAAAAAUAGAAGGAAAAGCAAGAUAAAAUAUCAGGAACCGACAAUUGACUAUGAUAGUGUUCGAUCGUACUUUACUAAAUGUACAAUUGUCUCUGAUUUUCAAAAUGGUUCUCUACUGAGGGAUAUGGUAUGGUUGAAUGCUUUUUCAGACUUGAGCCUUCACGUAAUUGAAUGA